CAUAAUUUAAUGAAAAAUUUCUCUUAAUUUUUAUCUGAAAGUUUGUAGGAAGGGAAUGAAAUCAAAACAAAGCCUGAUUUUUCAAAGUAUUAAUUUUGGGGUUUGUACUUUUCUGCAAGUUGGUGUCCUCCUUGCAGGCAGUUUACAGGGAUGUUGAAGAAUUUUUAUGAUGAAAUAAGAAAGUCAAAGACUUUUGAGAUAGUCUUGGUGACUCAUGAUGAGAAUGAAAGAGACUUCAUCAAAUACUAUCAAAAAAUGCCUUGGUUGGCUAUCCCAUGGUCUGAGAAGAUGGCUAUAAGUUAAUUGACAAGAAUUUGCAGACCAUAAACAAUACCACAUUUAUGCAUUUUCGAUUAGGAAGGGAAUUAUGUGACAUGUGGAGCCAGAGAUGACAUUGCUAUGUAUGGAAUGAAGGCUUGGAAUCAUUGGGAGGACAUUGCUGAGGAAAGAAAGAAAUAUAGAUAAAAAUGAUUAAUUUUGAUAAUUAAAUAGCAGUGGCU